AUGAAAGAGAGCAGCGCCGCCGGCAUAGAUAUCCACGGGAUGAGGCCCGAGGUAUUCAGGAAUCUGCUGCGGUUUGUGUACACCGAGGAACUACCACCCGUGACAGAAGAAGAGCAGGAUGAGGCUGCUAUGACCCAGCAUCUCCUGGAAGCCGCUGACAGGUAUGGCAUGGAGAGGCUCAAGCUGCUCUGUGAGGACAGGUUGUGCGAGCACAUCAAUGUCAGCACGGUGGUGACCACGCUGGUGCUAGCUGAGCAACAUGGCUGCCCCGGGCUCAAGGAGGCAUGCUUCCAGUUCCUCCUCGAUUCCAAUUCAACCACACUGGAGGCAGUCAUGGCAACUGAUGACUUUGACAAUAUUCUUAGUAACAGCUGUCCUAAUCUAUUGAAAGAGUUGAUGUCGAGGCUUGCUUCCUCUGCCUCUCUCCACGAUUGGCAAAUAAUUGAUCGAUUGGAGGAGGAAGACGACCUUACCCUCUGCACAACCGAAGGGGGUGAGCUCCCUGAACCGGCUCAUGGCAUCUUGCCUUUGGGAGCGAGAGCACCAAAACGCAUGCGUCUUUAA